UAUCGUUGCAACUGCAGUUUCUUUCACACUGCCCGAUUGCUAUUCGUACGCGCCAUGGCCGAUUUGCUACUCAUUUGUUCCAUAUUUUUCGCCUGCGUUUAUUAUUUCACCUAUCAUCGUUCGCGAAAACGCCUAUACGAGCUAGCUGCGAAAAUACCUGGGCCGUUCGAUUGGCCUCUGAUAGGCAGUGUACAUCUGGGCAUCCGCUACAAACCGCAAGAGUUGUUCGACUAUAUGCUGCAGCAUCUGCAUACAAUAGAAACACCAGUUCGAGCAUGGCUAGGACCUACACUUUUUGUCUUUUUUGACCGACCAGAACACAUAGCAGUGAUUUUGAACUCUCCAAGCUGUGUCAAACGAUCAUACUAUUACAAAUUUUUCCGAUUUGAAAAAGGCCUGUUGAGUGCUGAACCACAACUCUGGCGAUUGUUGCGCAAACGAUUGAAUCCUAGUUUUUCUUCAACGAUUAUCAAUCAGUUCGUGCCCAUUUUUAACAAACGGGCAGAUAAAUUAGUGCAGACCUUGGAUAAAUUCGUCGGCCGGGAAGCGUUUGAUAUGCUACCGAAGGCAAGCUCUUAUACAUUAUCCUCAACGCUACUAACUUUGCUCGGAGCUAACGUGCGUGUCGAUAAUAACGAUUAUCUAGAGCAGUUUGCGGACAAUUCAAUGAAAAUGUUUUUGUUGAUGUGGCGUAGAAUAUAUAAACCUUGGAUUCAUCUAGAUUUCACCUACCAGUUAACAAGUAACUUUAGAAAGGAACAGAACCACCUACGGAAACUAAGAGAUCUUUCGUACGAGGUUUACUACCAACGCCAGUCAAUAAAAUCUACACAAAAGAUAGACCAGUCAGAAGACGUCCCCAAUCAAAAAGAAAUACUAAUCGAGCGGUUGGAAAGCAUGACGACUAUAACACACGAAAUCGAUGAAGAAAUUUUGAUGACCAACAUCGAUACCUUUCUAUUCGCCAGUAAUGACACAACGUCUUUUGCUAUUGCAACUACCCUACUCAUGAUGGCUAUGCACCCGGAAGUGCAAGAUCGUGCUUAUCAGGAAGUCAUAGCAGUGAUUCCUCAAGACGGUUACAUUACUACCGGGGAUCUUGCCUCGUUAGAGUAUCUGGAAAUGGUAAUCAAGGAAUCACUGCGACUUAUACCGGUUGUAGCCAUACUUGGAAAGAUUUGUGAGCAAGAACUGCAGAUUGGCGAGUGGACCAUACCGGUUGGAGCGGAAGUAAACAUACCCAUCUUCAAACUGCACCGAGAUAAAACUAUUUGGGGAGAGCGUUCGGAUGAAUUCGAUCCAGAUAACUUUCUCCCGGAACGAUGCUCCCAGAGGCAUCCUUACGCUUACAUUCCAUUUAGUGCGGGGAUCCGAAACUGCAUCGGAAUGAGGUACGCCUGGAUUUCGCUGAAAAUAGUACUAGCGAAACUAAUCAAGCAAUACAAAUUUACAACGGCAUUGACAUUGAAAGAUCUCAAAUUCCAAGCAUCCAUUGUGCUCGUGAUCACCAAUGGGCACAUGAUGCGGAUUGAACGUAGAGCAUAGAUUCGAACUCUGUUUGGGAACCAACUCUCUAGUUACUAGAGAGUGCAAUUAGCUGUAAUAGAACAAGGAACUUGUGGAAUAAUUAGAAAAUAAAGAUGAUUGGUAUAUAAUUGCGUGCCAUGUAAGAUUAGUUGGGAUUCAAUAGGCCGCAGUUUACUUCUGAGCACACGCUUAAGUAGUUUCAGUCGUGUGGCGCCGGUCAUGUCUACAGCAGCUUAAUGUUUAGAAGAAAGAGAGUUUUGAAACACUUUUUUCAUCGAAUGACUUUGCUUACAGUAAUUGUCACAUUCAUUUGUUGCCGCAUAAAUAAAUACGCAUAAUUUUUUAAUAAACAAGUAGAGCACCUCG